UGCACCUACCCAAGCAGGACCAGUUACAAGGUUAACAGUCAAGAAUUUAUCAGAGCAGCCUAAGAAUGCUACAACAGCACGAUCACAAACUACAAAGAUUCCAUGUCUUUCUACGUUUGGAACAGCAAAUAGGAAGGGCCAGAAGGAGAACACUAUUCCAGUUAAAGCAAAGAUAGAACAAUCUCAUUCCACAAGACCAGUGACAGCUUUAAAAGAAAGUAAAGUUUUGCGAGGUUCAGUUAUAGCAGCUCCAAAAGUACCUGCUAAAACAACUAAUCCUGAAGUUCUGCAUUCAAGAUUAACUAGAGCCACAGCUUCAUUUGCAGCGAAAGUGCAGCCAAAAGCAAAUGUACAGGUUGAUGUACCACAUGCUAGAACGGCCAGACCUGCUGUAUCAACAGCCAAACUGCAGAAUAAAACAAGCACCCAUCUUCCUGUGAAAAAAUCGUCUGGAAUGGUACAACAGAAAAAUGAAAACAAAACUGGAAGUGCUGCAAAGGGAAAUCUUUAUGAUAGAGUUGAUGAACUUCAUAACAUUGCAGAGAUGCAAUCGGAAUUGCCUUCAGUUGAUUUAGUUGUCAAAACUUGCCAGAAUGUAUAUGAUGGUGAUGCAGAGCGGAUAUCUGAUCCUCAGCAGGAUACGUCUGUUGAAGUAGGGCUGUUUCAGUGUAGUGGUGCCGUGGAGAAUGCAUCAGGAGCAUCAUUGUCUACAGUAGCAGAAGAAACAGAAGAAAAAUGUCAGACUGCUGCUGGUCAUUCAAAACGCAAGGGUCGUAUUUCAUUUGCCCCUCAACAUUUUGUAUUUCAGCCACUUGAAGGAAUUUCAUCUUAUAAGUUUAACCCUAUGACACCUCACAGUACAGAGAAAUUCCUUUCUCCUUGCUUUACGUGGAGUCCAUUGGAAGCAAAACGAGACAAGCAUUUAAAGCUAGAAGAUCAUAUGAUAUCUGUAGAACAGCACAGAGCUGACGCUACAGCUACCCUUCAGAAGGAGAUGAAGAUUUCCAAAAAUGCCCUUGAGGAAGAAAUGAAGGAAUUCUCUCAAAGUGCCCCUGAGGAAGAGAUGGAUGUUUCUGAAUCUGACCCUGAAGAGGAGGAGAUGAAGGAUAUUUCUGAAAUUGACCAGCAGAAGGAGGAGAUGAAGGACGUGUCCAGAGAUCUUCCAGUGGAAGAGAUGAAAGGGGUUUCUGAAGAUGCACAUGUGGAGGAGAUUAAGGGGACUUCUGAAGAUGUCCCUGUGGAGGAGAUGAAGGGGGUUUCUGAAGAUGUCCCUGUGGAGGAGAUGAAGGGGAUUUCUGAAAAUGCCCCUGUGGAGGAGAUGAAGGGGGUUUCUGAAGAUGUCCCUGUGGAGGAGAUGAAGGGGAUUUCUGAAAAUGUCCCUGUGGAGGAGAUGAAGGGAGUUUCUGAAGAUGCCCCUGUGGAGGAGAUGAACGGGGUUUCUGAAGAUGCCCUUGUGGAGAAGAUUAAGGAAGUUUCUUCCUGUGUAGUUGAAGAUGUAAUAAAAGAAGAACCACUUAAGGAAGUUGGGUCAGUCAUUGAAGUCAUGCCAACCCCUUCAGUUUUUGCACAGGAAGCAUCAGGAACCGCUGAGAAGUUAUGCUCCAUUCAGACACUGGAUAAUGUUCAUGAUGUGCCCUACUUCGUAUGUGAUUUUGUAUUUUAA